AUGUCUGCCGGAAGGGGGCAAGGCUCCUUCGGGAAGACCAUCGACAUGCUUCCAUCGACAUUCGCUCCCACCUUGUCUCGCAGGGAUACAAACAAAUCAAUAGGAAAUGAAGUGGCUCCGGGGUCUGUUCCCCCUCCUCUAAUGAGUGGUGGGGGAGUUCUUGGUCCCCAGAGCGCUGCGGCAAUUUACCAGCAUAUUCAUGACAUGGCCACCAAACGAAUAUCUACACUCGACUACCUGAGAAAAGCUCAUGAAGGACGCAUAUAUUGGUUCAAUACCGUUCACUACUCGCGGGUUGACAUUAGCCGGAUCCCUUACUUCGAUACCCGAAAACUACCCCGACGUGCCAUCAAUUAUCUUCUUCUCGGCUUAUCCAUUCCACCUAUAAUAGAUGUCAGCACUACGUCAGGCGAAUAUCUGCGUGCGCUCAACGCACUUUUGAUUGAAUUCGAAGCCUUUCAGCAAGUGCAUCCGCCGGAGGGGACUUCGUCAUCAACACUUGCCCGAGCACGCAUACCCCAAAUGUUUAAACGGGCCACUCAUAGUGGGACAAAGGGUAGAAGGGCGAGCUCAGCGACAGAGAUUGGCCUUCCCAUGCAACACAGUGAUCCUUCCGACUUGAAGCUCAUGGCCGGGGGGGCUGCAUCGUCAGUAAAUGCUGCUGCUGCAAGCGUCUCCAUUCCUCAUUCAGAAGCGUCAGACCUUCUGCCUGGGGAAGAAUACACAUACCUCAUGACCCCAUCAUUGCCUUUUGAGCCGGACUAUUUUGAGACCUUUGUCACGUUAUGCGACGUCUUGAUAGACUGCUAUACCCGCCUCGUGACAUUAAUCUCGACUCCCGCAGUUUGCACGGUUGCACUAGGUGAACUAUUUACGAAAGCAGAUGCAAAACUCCGAAAGAUUAUUGUGGCGGGCAUAGUACGUGAAUUCGAAGAUGCAAGUCGGAGUGCUGCUAGAACGGAAGUGGCUGGAGUGGGCCGCGUUGUGUUGGGAGGUCUUCUAGGAUGA